AUGAUUCUGUUUGACACGGCCAAAGCCCUGAACCAGAGGUCAGGGAAACAGCCGGGGCUGGGGGAGGUGUGGGUUAUGCUGUCGAGGAGGUGUGGACUGUGCUGUAGUGGAGGAGGAGUGGACUGUGCAGAUGCUGAUGCUGAGGAGGUGUGGACUGCUGUUGGGGAGGAGGAGAGUCCAAGUUCUCUUCAAGGGGAGUACCAGAGGCGUCUGUAUAAGGAGCUAAUGGAGAACUACAACCGCCUGGAGAGGCCGGUGGUCAACGACUCCUCCCCCCUGCUGGUGGAGCUGGGAAUGACACUGCUGCAGAUCAUCGAUGUGGACGAGAAGAAUCAGGUGCUGAUGACGAACGUCUGGCUGCAGCUGUACUGGACAGACAUCUACCUGAGUUGGAACCCUGACAGCUACCCAGGAGUGCAGAACCUGCGAUUCCCCUCCAGCCAGAUAUGGACCCCGGACAUCCUACUCUACAACAGUGCGGACGAGCGUUUUGAUGCCACCUUCCACACCAACGUGCUGGUGAAUGCGUCGGGCUACUGCCAGUACAUCCCGCCGGGCAUCCUGAAGAGCACCUGCUACAUCGACGUACGCUGGUUCCCCUUCGACGUGCAGAAGUGCGACCUGAAGUUCGGCUCCUGGACACACAACGGCUGGCUGCUGGACCUGCAGAUGCUGGCGGUGGACACGUCCACGUACAUCUCUAACGGGGAAUGGGACCUCGUAGGUGUGCCGUCCAAGCGUAACGAGCUGUACUACGACUGCUGUAAGGAGCCCUACCCAGACGUGACCUUCACGGUGACCAUGCGGAGGCGCACCCUCUACUACGGCCUGAACCUCAUCAUCCCCUGUAUGCUGAUAUCAGGACUGGCUCUGCUGGUGUUCCUGCUGCCCGCCGACUCUGGAGAGAAGAUAUCACUGGGUAUAACAGUGUUGCUGUCCCUCACGGUCUUCAUGUUGCUGGUAGCGGAGAUUAUGCCUGCCACCUCCGACUCCGUCCCGCUGAUUGCCCAGUAUUUUGCGAGCACGAUGAUGAUCGUGGGGUUGUCGGUGGUCGUCACGGUGCUGGUGUUGCAGUUCCACCAUCACGACCCACAGGGUGGUAAGAUGCCCAAAUGGGUGCGCGUGGUGCUGCUAAACUGGUGCGCCUGGUUCCUGCGCAUGAAACAACCCGGUGACGAACUCAAACAAAAAUUCCUCCUGCAACAACAGCAGCAGCAGCAGCAGCAGCAGUCCUCCAGCUACAAGUACCGGCACCCCCCCACCCACCACUCCAGCUCCAGCAGCAUGGAGAUGGGCACCAUGUCCGGCAGCGGCGGCGGCCUCAACCACCCGCUCCACCCGGCCACCCUCUCCCAGUCGCCCACGCCCAUGGGCGCCAGCAACGGCACCAUGAACCUCUAUUUCAGCUACCACCCGGGCCAGCAGCAGCAGCAGCAGUCUCUGAGCACCGACUCGGGCAUGGUGCUGGGUGGCCCGCGGUGCAUCAUGGGAGGGGACGAGCGAGGAGGGGUCGGCAUGGGCAUGGGCAUGGGCGUGGGGGUGGGGGUCGGCGGCGACGUGCCGGUGGCGGUGGCGGUGGCGGCGGCGCUGCUGGCCGAGUGCUCGCCGGAGAUCCGGCGCAUCCUGGACGAGGUGACGUACAUCGCGCAGCGCUUCCGGCAUCAGGACGAGGGCGAGGCGGUGUGCAGCGAGUGGAAGUUUGCGGCGGCCGUGGUGGACCGGCUCUGCCUGGUGGCCUUCUCGCUCUUCACCAUCACCUGCACCUUCUCCAUCCUCAUGUCGGCGCCCAACUUCAUCGAGGCCGUCUCCAAAGACUUCACAUAG